AAGCCAUUCAUGAACGACUACGAGGUGCAAGAUUGGAACGCGGUGGCUCAUUAUACCGACUUUGACACCGGCAGCUAUGACCACCUCCCAACCCCUCCGCAUUCUCAUGACAAUUCACCCACACCAGAGGCUCCAAGCACACUCGUCAGCGUCUCUACCACCUUCUUUCCUACUGCACAACAUCGACCACAUCCGCCCGACCUGAUUCUGCUAUCCAAAGACGCCGUUUACUUCUAUGUCCACUCAGACAUUCUGGCAGAAGCAAGCGAAAACAAUUUUCGAGCAAUGCUCCCCGCCGUCGUAACUUCAGAUGACGACGAGCCACCAAUUAUAAACGUACCAGAACCCUCGGUAGUCCUUAAUGUCAUCCUCCAUGCAGCCUACGAAAUUUCGUCUGCUCAUUAUCAGCCGCCAUUUGAAACAUUGGCGACGGCGGUGGAUGCGAUGAUCACCUAUGGAAUGAAUCCAGGUUCCAAGAUUCAUCCGUCGACGCCGCUCUUUUCCCUGCUCUUAUCACACGCACCACUCUUCCCACUCCAGCUUUACUCUCUUGCUGCGCAUUAUGAACUCGAGGACCUAGCUGUCCCGACCUCUGCCCACCUUCUUGCAUUUCCGUUAUCUCGCUUGACCGACCAAGAUGUGGAGCGAAUAGGUGCAAAAUAUCUCAAACGUCUAUUCUUCUUGCACUACGGACGCAACGAAGCGCUCAAGCGCGUUUUGGGAACACCGCCCCACCCCCAUCCACCCACCAAUACAUGUGACUUUCCGGCUCAGAAGGGGCUAGGGAGGGCUUGGGCGCUCGCUGUUGCGUAUCUCGUCUGGGAUGUACGGCCAGACAUGUCUACGCAAACGUUGGAGUCUGCUCUCAGGCCACUGAGCGAACACCUGAUAUGUGACCUCUGUAAAACCGCCCUCAACGACCGCAUUAAAUCCACGAUAUUGCAAUGGUCAAUAGUCAAGCGAACGAUAUAA